GAUAAAAAUUAAAGGAUGGCGAGGAGUUUUGGGGUAUUGGAUCAAUUUGACGUUGCGUCGGGGAAGUGGAAGACUUACAGGGAGCAAAUGGAGUUUUUUUUUAUGGCAAAUGAAAUCACAGACGAUAAAAAGAAAAAAGCAAUCUUUUUAGCGUCAUGUGGGCCGGAAACCUACACAAUAUUAAAAUCGGUUGCCACACCGAUUAAUAUUGUAGAGGAAACAUUCACAUUUGAGGCGGCAACUAAGUUAUUGACCAACUAUUUUUGUCCGGCAGCGAAUGCAAUAAUUGAAAGGUUUAAAUUUUAUCGGAGAAACCAAGUAGAGGACGAAUCAAUUAUUGAAUAUUUGGCAGCGCUAAGGAAAUUGAGCCAAGACUGCAAUUUCAAGGAUUUGGAAGAAAUGUUACGAGACAGACUAGUCUGUGGCAUGCGCGAUGAAAAUUUACAAAAGCGGCUCCUGGCGAAUGACCAGUUAACACUAAAAAUAGCGCAGGAGGAAGCUAUAGCAUCAGAAACAGCACAAAAGAAUGCGACGGAACUUAAAACGUCAGCCAGCCUACCAGGGUUGAAUAAAAUUUCAAGCAACAAGGUAAAACCAAAUCGUGCUCCAGUGGACCAUAUUCAGAAUUGUUAUCGUUGUCGAGGAAAUCAUCAUUCAGAUCAGUGCAAAUUUAAAGACGCGGAAUGUUAUUAUUGCAAAAAGCGUGGACAUAUUGAGAGAGCUUGUAUAAAAAAAGCAAAAACCAAAAAGCCAGCAACAAAUAAUGGAAGAAGACCAAACAGAGUAAAUCUUUUAGAUACAAACCAGGAAACUCAAAAGACAGAGUAUUUAUGGUCAAUGUUCGUUAAAGGUAGUCCAUCGGUCAAGAGAGUGAUUACGAUAAGUAAGUCACCGGUACAAAUGGAAAUAGAUUCGGGGGCAAGUUACUCAAUAAUAAGUGAAAAGUUAUUUAGAGAAAAAAUGCCGUAUAUUCCGCUAAAACCAAGUCAAAUACAAUUAAGAACUUGGGGAACAGAGAAAAAUCUUAAACUGAGUGGAGAAGCAGAAGUACCAGUCUCGGUUGGGAACGUCACAAAGAAACUAAAGUUGUUAGUAGCAGCGGGUGAAGGUCCGGCUCUAAUCGGUCGAAAUUGGUUUAACGAUUUGGGAAUUACUAUAACCAGCAAUUUAUGCAAUAUAGAAUCAACUAUUCCAGUAGAAGUGAUGAACUUCAGUUCAGUUUUUGAUGGAAAUCUUGGAGAUUACAAGGGAAAUCCUGUGAAGUUACAAAUGUCAGUUUCAAGUAAACCGAAAUUUCUUCGAUAUCGACAAGUGCCGUUUGCACUAAAACUCAAGGUGGAAGCAGCAUUAAAGAAGUUGGAAGAUGAAGGCGCACUACGUUCAAUAUCCUUUAGUGAGUGGGCAACACCGGUUGUACCUAUAAUUAAACCAGAUGGUAGCAUACGCAUUUGUGGAGAUUAUAAGUGCACAGUGAAUCAAAUGCUUUGCAAGGAAACGUAUCCAUUACCUACUAAUACAGAAGUGCUAGCAACAUUAGCAAAUUGUAAGUGGUUUACAAAGCUGGAUUUAGAUCGAGCGUAUACACAGGUGAAGGUUGACCAAGAAUCAGCAAGGAUACUUACAUUAAACACACAUCGCGGACUUUUUGAAGUUACAAGAUUACCGUUUGGAAUUUCAACGGCACCAGGUAUAUUUCAACGGGUGAUGGAAGGAGUUCUUAAGAACAUAGAUGGUGUGAUUAUUUAUUUAGAUGACAUUCUAAUUGGCGGAACAACUUUGGAAGAGUUGUGGGAUAGAACACGAACUGCUCUGAAACGUGUACAGGAUGCAGGAUUGAAGCUUAAAAAAUCAAAAUGUGUUUUCGCAGUACAAGAGAUAACAUUUUUGGGGUUUAAGAUAAGCCGAGAAGGAGUGCGUCCAACUGACGAAAAGGUGAAGGCAAUAGCUCAAGCACCAGAACCAAUAAAUAAACAGCAGCUACAAGCUUUUCUUGGGUUAAUUACAUUUUAUGAUAGAUUUUUACAAAAUAAGGGCGAUCUAUUGGAACCGCUGUAUCGACUAUUAAGAAAAGAGAUACCUUUUAAAUGGGGUAAAGAACAGAAAUUAAGUUUUGAACGAGCAAAGAAACUAUUACAAUCAAAAAAUCUUUUGGUGCAUUAUUCGGCUGACUUACCACUGAUAUUAUGCGGAGACGCAUCACCGUAUGGAGUUGGAGUUGUUUUGGCACACAAGAUGCCGGAUGAUAGAGAAGCACCGAUUGCUUUUGGCUCCAGAACAUUACAGGGCGCGGAACGAAAUUAUUCACAGUUGGAUAAAGAAGCGCUAGCGAUUAUGUUUGGUGUGCAAAAGUUUCAUCAAUUUUUAAGUGGUAGACAAUUUACAAUAAUGACUGAUCAUAAACCACUAGUGGGAUUAUUUAAUCCAGAAAAACCAAUAUCACAGCAUAUAUCACCCAGAAUGUUAAGGUGGUCGUUAAAGUUAGGCGCUUACCAGUACGAGAUUAAAUUCCGAGAAGGGAAACAUCACCAGAAUGCAGAUGCAUUGAGCCGGUUACCUUUAAAUGAUGUAAAGCUACAAAUACCGGAAAUACCUGAAAUAUUAUACUGCAAUGAGGCUGAGGAACAGUUUUUAAUCACUGCGAAAGAAAUUGCACAAGCAACCAGAAGAGAUCCAAUACUAUCAAAAGUAAUGUGGCAUAUCCAAAGGAAAGAUACAGUUUUGCCAUAUAAAUCAAUCCAGUUUAAACCGUUUGUGAAUAAAAUCCAGGAACUAUCAGUGAAUGCACAAUGUUUGUUAUGGGGAGCCAGGGUAAUAAUACCAGCAACACUACGUCCCAGAAUACUUGAGAUGUUGCACGAAGUUCAUCAAGGCAUGUCGGCAAUGAAAGCAGUUGCGCGAAGCUAUUUUUGGUGGCCUGGUUUAGAUGAAGAUAUAGAAAUGUUAGCCAGACGUUGUGAAAAGUGUGCAUGUAACAAAAAGAAUCCUCCAGUAGCAGCAGGUAAACCAUGGCCAGCAACGCUAAGGCCAUGGUCACGGUUACAUAUUGAUUAUGCGGGACCCUUUAUGGGUACAAAUUUUUUUAUCGUCGUAGAUGCUCAUAGCAAGUGGAUAGAGGUAAAAAUAACCAGUAAAAUAAAUGCGAUUAGAACAAUCGAGUUAAUGAGAGAAAUAUUUGCAACACAUGGUAUACCAGAUACCAUUGUGUCCGAUAAUGGGCGAACGUUUGUGUCAGAAGAAUUUGAGAAAUAUUUAAAACUUAGCGGUAUAAAGCACAUACGUACGGCACCGUAUCAUCCAUCGUCAAACGGGCAAGCAGAAAGGUUUGUACAAACCAUUAAGAAUCACCUUAAGAAAAUGCAGUCUUCAGACAUCAGUAAGAAUUUGGCAAAUAUACUUUUGCAUCUGCGUACAACUCCUAAUGCAAAUUCAAGUUUGAGUCCAGCAGAAAUCUUGAUGGGAAGGAAGUUGAAAACAUUGUUAGAUCAUUUGCACCCCAGUGAUCACAACACUCAGAAGCAGCUAAAUUCUGAUGAGUAUUCCAAACAAAUAAAACCAGUUCGCAGUUUCCAGUGUGGUGAAAGUGUUUGGUACCGAAAUUUUGGAAGAGGAGAAAAGUGGAUGCCAGGGAUUAUACAAUCAACAGGAGAUCGCAACUACAAAAUUCAAUCAAAUAGUGACAUAUUGUCGAGACAUAUUGACCAGUUGCAUAAGCGAGUUUCGGAGACACCGACAAGGUUAGAAUCCAAUAUAACUCCAGUAGCAGUAACUUCAGUGGCACAACCGGAAGAGCAAGACGACCAAGUAAGUGCAGGUCAGUCAUCAAAUGAAUAUAUCCUACCAGAUAGUCAAGUAGAGGGGUCAUUAGAAGAAAAAGAUAAAAGAGAUGAAACAUUAAAAUCGCGACCGUACCGGCAGAGGCAACCGACAAAAAGGUUACGGGACUAUUUGAUGGGGGAGGAACUGUAGUAUAUUCGAUAAUGGCAACACUGCAUAAAGAAAUAGAGAAAGAAGUAAAAAAGACAAAAUGCGUAGUUGUUGUCGGAAUCGUGCAAAGCAGAGUA